AUGUCCAUCACUAAUCCGUCAGCUGAGGUCGCUAAGAGGUGGAAGCGGUCAGACGUUCUUAAAUAUUUGAAGUCCAAGCAGGAUGAGAUGGAUCUGGAUGACGAAGAUAUAAAAAUUAUUGAGAAAAAUAAGGUCGCCGGUCAAGUUUUCAUUUCCUUGACAGAAGAUAAGCUUUUAGCCCCUCCAUAUAACCUUCUCGGCGGACCAGCCGGAACCAUAGCACUUUUGAUCAAGGCACUUAACGGUGAAGUACAAGUACCGGCAUCUCUCCAGGAACCAGAAACUGCUGAAGAUUUUGAAAAGACGUGUAUUAACGAACUCCCUCAUAAUCCUAUCUCGACUUCUGAAGAAAAUUCAGUUGGCACUCACUUGCCCGAAAAUGAUUUACCCGAAGCUACCCGUAUCAAUAAACAAUCUCAUGAUCUCGUUAACGCUGAACAUGAUUUACAAAUUGCCAAAGCUAUUGAAAAGACUCAUGAUCCUAUAUCGAUUCUGAAGAAGUUGACGCUCACUUGCCUGAGAUUGCCUCUGGGCUCCUCCGUUAUUAUGAUGGAAAUAAAUGUUUUGCGAAAGCUGUUUGCAGACGAACAUCCAGCACAAAUGCACCUUUCACAGUUGGAGGCUCAAUUAAAGGCAAGCUGUGUGCUUAGUGGGCGAGGUGCAUCCUCGGUGUCUCCUUGUGAGGCGAGGUGCGCCCUCGUGAGAUUGGAUGUGUCCUUAUCUCCAAAAGCGAAACAGAUGCCACGAAAAAUGAAAAAGACCUAUAGAAGAAAAAUAUCGAAAUUAACAAAAAUGCUUGCCAAGAAAGAUGUUGUAAAAGAAGAAAUAGAAAUCGCAAAGAAUUCUGUGAUUGCAAAGGGAUACCAUCGGAUAAAUAAACAUUAUGAAGAUUACCAUGAGGCGAGCACUCAACUCGUUAAACGAAAUUUGUCUGAUGAUGGAAAUGAGGUGUCUCUGGCUACAAAAAGAGCGAGAACCACGAAAUAA